AAUGUUGUUGCCAUAGUUACACCUCUAUGCCGGAAGUGUCGUAAAUGUCUUGCGUGGUUGCGUACACGGAAGUUGGCUUCGGUGUGAAAGAAAUUCCGAAAUUGAAUCUGGACACCGACUGGACCACGGAAUUGCGAGAGUUUAUCAUUUCACCAGCACCCUAAGUCCGGAGGAGGUGGCGAGAAGGGGGGGCAAGUGUGGAAGGAGUACGCAAGAAUGAAAGAAACUGAAAAGCUUGAAAACAUGGCUGGAGAUGGAAUUCUGGGGUCGGGGGAGCUGCAGAUGGCCCCCUCUAUGAACCACAACCAUGAUAAUAGUGCUAGCGACGAGCUAGUUAGCUCGGUGUCAUUGUAUCGACGCAGGCCUACGCUUUUUCAUGGCACAGUACUUCCAUUCAUGACAGUACUUUACCCGGGCUGGCUUUAUGUAUGGUUAGGAGUAUAUGGGGCUGCUGACUAUCCUGAGGCCGGCCUGCUAGCACUUGCCGCUAUCGGGAUCGCGCACGUCCUCACGGUGCUUUCUGGUUAUUGGUCAGUGCAUGCGCACUGUUUGCUUACCUGUGUGAAGGAGCCAGAUCCAGAAAAGGCCACUUUGGCUAAAGUAAUACCUACGCCAAACAAUGGUUCUGCAGAGCUCGUAGCAUUGCAGAGGGACCAGGACGAAAAUGAAGAGGGGAUCUUAUCAUUUGAGUUCCAGAAAAUCAGAUAUGUGUUUGACAGAAAGGAGAAGAAGCGCUUUCUCCCUGUUGCCUUCCCCGUGGACCAGCCCAUGGGUUACUUCCAGGCGUGGCGAGGCUACCAGGAAGAGGCUGAUUUACGUGCUGCUGAGAAGCGCUAUGGAACUAACCGCGCUGAAAUGAUGGUGCCAGACUUCCUGGAACUCUUCAAAGAGCGAGCCACUGCCCCUUUUUUCGUCUUCCAGGUGUUCUGCGUAGGCCUGUGGUGUCUGGAUGAAUACUGGUACUACAGCGUCUUCACCCUCUUCAUGCUGGUGGCGUUUGAGGCAUCUCUAGUGCAGCAGCAGAUGAGGAACAUGUCCGAGAUCCGCAGGAUGGGAAACAAACCCUACAUGAUUCAGGUUUAUAGAAAUAGAAAAUGGCGACCAGUGUCCAGUGAUGAACUUGUCCCAGGGGACAUUGUGUCAAUAGGCCGCUCUCCGCAGGAGAACCUUGUGCCAUGUGAUGUCCUGCUGCUCCGAGGCCGCUGCAUCGUAGAUGAGGCGAUGCUGACGGGAGAGUCCGUUCCACAGAUGAAGGAACCUGUGGAGGACUUGGAUCCAGAGAGAAUCCUAGACCUACAGGGUGACGCACGCCUUCACGUAAUCUCUGGCGGGACCAAGGUGGUGCAGCACAGCCCCCCUCUGAAAGCCAGUGCAGGCCUCAAACCUGUGGACAAUGGCUGUGUGGCAUAUGUUUUAAGAACAGGAUUCUACACCUCUCAGGGUAAAUUGUUGAGGACCAUACUCUUUGGAGUGAAAAGGGUAACAGCUAACAAUUUGGAGACCUUCAUCUUCAUCCUCUUCCUUCUGGUUUUUGCGAUUGCUGCUGCCGUUUAUGUCUGGGUGGAGGGCACCAAGGAUUUGAGUCGGAACAGGUAUAAGCUGUUCCUCGAGUGCACCCUCAUCCUCACCUCAGUUGUACCUCCUGAGCUUCCCAUAGAGCUGUCGCUAGCUGUGAAUACAUCGCUCAUUGCCCUGGCCAAGCUCUAUGUGUUCUGCACAGAGCCUUUCAGGAUACCGUUUGCAGGGAAGGUGGAAGUCUGUUGCUUUGAUAAGACGGGCACUUUGACGAGUGACAGUUUGGUAGUGCGAGGCGUCGCUGGACUAAGGGAAGGCAAAGAAGUGAUGCCGGUGUCCGAGAUACCGGUGGAGACGCAUCGGGUUGUGGCCACGUGUCACUCAUUGGUCACUCUAGAUGAUGGACAGCUGGUGGGCGAUCCCCUGGAGAAGGCCAUGCUGACGGCUGCUGACUGGAGUCUCACUAAAGAUGAGAAGGUGUUUGCGAGGGGCAUCAAGACGCCAGGGCUGAAAAUCCACCAGCGGUUCCACUUCGCCAGCGCUCUGAAGAGGAUGUCUGUCCUGGCGUCGUAUGAGAGACUGGGGUCCACUGAGCUGUGCUACAUCUCCACGGUCAAAGGCGCUCCAGAGACCCUGAGGGGAAUGUUUUCCGAGUGCCCUCCCAGCUAUGACGAGGUGCAUAAGGCCAUGUCUCGAGAAGGGGCCAGGGUGCUAGCUCUGGGCUACAAAGAGAUGGGACACCUCAGCCAUCAGCAGGUGCGAGAGAUCACACGGGAGGCUCUGGAGUGCGACCUGCGCUUUGUCGGCUUCAUGGUCGUCUCCUGCCCUCUGAAGAACGAUAGCCGCAUGGUUAUCAAGGAGAUCCAGGAGGCGUCGCACCAUGUUGUGAUGAUCACAGGAGACAACCCACUGACAGCCUGCCACGUGGCCAGAGAGCUCAACUUCAUCCAGAGGCCACACACACUCAUACUGCAGGCAGGCCCCAGUCCAGAUGAUUGGCAGUGGGAGUCCAUCGAUGGCAGCGUGUGUGUGGCCUUGCCCCCUCCCUCCGUGCCAGAUUUUGUCCAACAGUACGACCUGUGUGUGACAGGGGAGGGCUUGGCCAGACUGACCUACGACACCAAACUACUAAAUGCCCUUUUACCCCAUGUGCAGGUUUUCGCUCGCGUCAACCCUAAACAGAAGGAGUUUGUCAUCACCAGUCUGAAGGGACUGGGCUUCACGACUCUGAUGUGUGGGGACGGGACCAACGACGUUGGAGCGCUCAAACACGCCCACAUUGGAGUGGCCUUGCUGGCUAACGCGCCCGAGCGCAUCCCUGAGAGGAAGAAGCGGGGAAAGGAAAGGGAGGUGGCGGCGGCGGCGGCGGCAUGUGACUCCAGGGCCCUGCCGCCCGCGCUAACCUCCGGGAGCAAGCUCAGCUCCCGCGCCGCCAGGCACAGGGUCAUGGCACAGAGGGAGGAGCAACUCGCUGCUCAGAAGGAGAGGAUCAGUCAGGUGCUGCGCGAGCUGGAGGAGGAUCAGGUCCAAGUGGUCAAACUGGGAGACGCCUCAAUUGCUGCACCAUUUACCUCAAAGCUGUCAUCUAUUCAGUGCAUCUGUCACGUGAUAAAGCAGGGUCGGUGCACUCUGGUGACAACGCUACAGAUGUUUAAGAUUCUGGCUCUGAAUGCCCUGGUGCUGGCCUACAGUCAGUCUGUGCUCUACCUUGAAGGAGUCAAGUUCAGUGACUUUCAGGCCACGUUGCAGGGACUGCUACUGGCUGGUUGUUUCCUCUUCAUCUCAAGGUCAAAGCCUUUGAAAACCCUCUCAAAAGAACGGCCCUUACCCAACAUCUUCAAUCUAUACACAGUGCUGACAGUGCUGCUGCAGUUUGCAGUUCACUUCUGCAGCUUGGUGUAUCUGUACAAGGGAGCUCAGAGCAGAAGCCCUCCCAGAGCAGAGCAGUUUGCGGACCUCUACAAAGAAUUUGAGCCCAGCUUAAUAAAUAGCACUGUGUACAUCAUGUCUAUGGCCAUGCAGAUGGCUACAUUUGCUAUUAACUACAAGGGCCACCCAUUCAUGGAGUCUCUCAGCGAGAAUCGGCCCCUGAUGUGGAGCAUAUUUCUCUCAGGCUUUGCCAUUGUUGGGCUACUGACUGGGUCGUCGCCGGAAUUUAAUGAGCAGUUUGCUCUCGUGGAAAUUCCCACAGAAUUUAAGAUGGUGAUCGCCCAAGUUCUAGUCGUGGACUUUGUUGCUGCUCUGCUGGUGGAUAGAGUUCUGCAGUUUCUCUUGGGAAAAGGAACCCUGAGGUUGCCUUCCUGAAUUGUGAUGCCAACAGUCGCCCCGAGCAACCGCUGCCCUUAGCAACCAGACCGUCGCGGAGAAGAGAAGAUGGCUGGUUAAAGACGUCUGCAACACGCACAGGAGAUCCGAGAUGGACAGGCGUGACAUUUAAUGCUGAACACUCCUCUGUGUUCUUCUUCAUCUCCUCUUCCUCUCAAUGCAUUUUUCCUUCUUGGUCAUCCUACUGCUUUUCUCCAAGGUUCCCUCCUCAACUCUCUUUCUUUCAAUUUCUAUCAUGUAAAGCCUCAUCCAUUGCUUUCUUGCUCACCUCUCCUGUGGCUGGCGAAGAAGACAACAGUAUUGUGUGGAGUGAGAGUGUGUUUUUAUGUGUUCGGACUCGCGCACAUGACAGGGGCGUUCUCCAAGAGAAUUACAAAGUGUUCUAAUUUUUUUUUUCUCCAUUUUGUAAAAAGACAAAUCUGACAGACUUAUAAAGACCAAAAAAUGUCA